AUGAUUGGCCAGAGAAUGGGAAUGGAAUGUAGUGCUCGAUUGAGCAGACAACCUGGGAGAUAUAGGGCUGAGAUUUAUCUUGAUUAUACUUUAUGUAAUGGAUUGAAGGAUCCCCCGCCAUAUUGGUUUAAAUCAGGUAAUUCACAAGGAAAGAAUCAACCAGAUGGAAUACUCCAAGGGGAUAAACCUUUUCUUAUUCAAGAGUUUCGUGAGGGUGAAGUGAUAGAGUUUGAUAUGAUGGACGCGGAGGACCACAACCUCGUAGAUAUAAAAGAAAUCACAGAAACAGCCAAGUGCUCUUGUCCUUCGUUGCUGUGGGAUGGUUUAGGACGAUGGGCUAAUGGAACGUGGAAACCAUUCCUGAAGACAGAAACCCUUCAAUACAGAAGGCCAACCACGAACGGAACCCUCGUCAUCUUCGGAGACUCCGUAGCCAUGGGCUUCUAUCAUACUAUCCACGACAGUACCGAGGGUAUUUGUACUCGUGUCUUCUCCUCCUGCAAGGUGGUUUAUAAUUGGGUUUAUAAUAUGAGAGGGUACUGGGGCGAUGGUGUGACGUCACCAAGGGAGCCGCUGCCUGAUGGGAAGGACUAUGACGUCAAACGAGUUCUUGAUGAUGUCAGAGAGGUGUUAUACAGCCCAUACAUGGACGAACACAGUGUACUCAUCCUAAACUGGGGAAUCCAUUUUGCUGCUGUUGCGAACUUCACCUCUUACCAGACGCUUAUCAACAACUUUGUCCGUAUCAUCAAACACGGUGAAACUGAUCCAAAAACUGGCAGAUUUAGAAAAUUCCGUGGAAAACUGAUUUGGAGAUCAACUACAGCACUUAACAGACAUAGGUUCCCUAAUCCACAUAAAGACGUUCGACGCUUUUUAACUUUCCCGCGUGUUUUGCUUUUCAAUGCUUUUGCCACGUCAGCGAUGUGCGAGGCUGGUAUUGACGUCAUUGACGUUUAUCCAAUCACAGACGCUCAUCCACAAGGAACUGUGUCUAAAGUCGAUCCAGUGCAUUAUAGUCAUCAUGUGUUUUUCGAUGUGAGAAGACGAAUAUUUGACAUAUUUAAACCAUAUUAA